UGUUGAUUUGUCCGACGCCCGCAGCUGCGCGUUUUUGUCGAAAAGAAAAUGUUGUAUUGUGAGCUACGAAGGGACUUGAAGUUUUUAUCUUUUUUACCGACGGGCACAGCGCACACAUAGUACAGAAUGAGUUUUUCUCACUCGAUUACCAACUCCCUCGAGGAGCUUCUCCACCGCUUUACGUUAGUACCCGGAACGUCACCUCCAUACGCGGCGGCCCACGAUGAUCCAGCGAUACGAGGACGCCACAGCACUCUGUUCCUGCAAGAUACGGAUGUUUCUACUAUCGACGCAACAUCACAGCUUGUCACGACGACAUCUUCCCCACUUCCAGGAACAUCAAAUGGAGAGCCGAUGAUGUUGAUCACAACUACUCCCACCGCGGCAGGUUUGCACCAUGGUCGUAGCGGAAAAAUGAACAAUUCUCACACGACGACGACCCAUGUCGUUGUCACCUCCUUUCUUUCCAGUCCCGUUUUCAAAACCAACUGGGAUCCCUCGCCAGGGGACACCUGUUUCGGGGUGCACAGCCAGGCCGAGUGCUGUUCCCGGUGCUGGAAUAUCAAAUGCAAAUAUGUCUGGGUCUGGAAAUUUGUGAUGCUAAAGUUUGGAUAAGAUGACUGGCGCUUUCAAGUGCAGCCAUGCAUGACAGGCAUACUUGACGCCGUCUGAUGCGUAGCACGCAUGACAAACUGCGUUUUUGCAGGACGAGAAAGUAGCGCCUUUCUUGCUGGCUGUGCAUUACAGAUUUUUCAGGAAUGCAAGACAUGCAAUACAAGUUCCACUUUUCCAGACCCAGACAUUUUUGCAAUGCAUAUGGAAGCAGGUGCGGCGGGCGAACGCCGCCGAGGAGCCGGUGAACCAAGUGCGAGUGGUAUUACAAUGAAAAAUGCCACCACCCCGAAGUUUGCAAUAAUUUGUGAUGCGAAGUUUCCAAAUGAAAACUUUUUGUCAUGCCUGAAAGGACUACGAAUCUUUCUGAUGCAGAGUCUAGUCGUAUACCGCAUCGCUACUUGCAUGACAAGCGCCGCUCUUGCUGGGAUCUUUUGCAAUACAGAUUUUUGUUAUUCGCUACCGAAAAUCUGUGAUGCUGAUACAUGCAACGCGGUGAGUGUUGCCAUUGGAAAGGCUUGCAAUACAAAUGCUCCCAAGUUUUGGGGUGGGGGCAUUUUUCAUUGUAAUAAGUGGAAGAUAACGGCAGCGGCGGGAUAAACGAAAACACGGAUCCGGACGAUUUUGUAGAGGAAGGGGCGUACACGUACUACAAGAUACCGUCCACUUAUCCCACGAAAAAAAUGUUACAGUUACACAUUUGUAGUGAAUUCAGCAACACAAAUUUCUCUGCAUGAGAGAGAAAACUUGCAAUGCAGAAAUCGAUCCUACGGGAAAACACCUAUGAGACGAGGCUCCCAUGCAUCUCCGGCAUGACAGAGCUUGCCUGUCCUGCUUGGCCUGCAACACAAUGUGUAGCUGUAGCACUUUUUUCUUGCGAUACCACUGCCGAACGGCUGCUCUAUUUCGAGCAAACGCCCAACGAUAUCCUGAGUAAAAACGUCCCCACCCCAGAGUUGUCAUGCAAAUCUGCAUGGUAAAAAUGCUUCUCAUGCGGAGCCCCAUGAGAGGCAUUUUGUAGUCGUGUUUAGUAAUUUGUCAUGCUCCAAUCGGCAUGCUGACUGUGCUGGAUCUGUGAUGCUGCUUAACUAGCUAAACAGGAAGACACUAUGAGGCCAAAUUUGUCAUGCAGAACUUCCAAAACUUGAGGAUUUGUGUUGCGGACUUCCCAUCUUAACAAUGGCGUGGGGCUGCUUUUACAUAUGAUAAACGAAGACGGCAACUGCUGCUGCAAACAAGGUCCGUACCCGGUAAAGAAGCACCUGAACGGGCUCGGGAACCAAGCGUGCUUCACGCGGGCCCAUAUCAACUGCAAAUAUGUCUGGGUCUGGAAACUUGUGAUGCUAGUUUGUGAAUGGUGGGCGCACUACGUUACGCAGCCACGCAUGACAAGUUUCUGAGCUCCUAUGAUUUUCGCUUCCCGUAUGAGAAACUGCAUUUUUGCAUGACAGGUGAGAGGCUGCCUUCCUGCUCGUGCAUUGCAGACUUAAGUAGAGUCAUGCGAGACAAGCAUGACAAACUUGCAUUCUUCCAGACCCAGGCAUAUUUGCAUUUGAUAGCCCACCCGGAAGCGGCUCUGGGGCUGGCGGUCAGCGGGCCCACCGGGUCGAAGAAGUGCGGCAAGGAGGAGCUGAAAAAGAACCAAAUCACGGGGAUCGUCUAUCGCAAUGAAAAAUGCCCAUAACCUGGCAGCAUUUGUAUUGCAAAGCUAUGCAUUGGGAACGUUCCUCCUCUUGUGCAUGUUUCAGCAUCACAAAUUUUCAAUGCUGAAUAGCUAGAAUUUGUGUUGCGCAAGACCCCAGCAACGGCUGGGCCUGUCAUGUAAAAGAUGCCUUGCUCGACACCGAUGUAGAAGAUUCUGCAGCAGAAAGACUCAUAGUCCUUUCAUGCAAGACAAAAAGUUUCCUUUGGAAGCUUUGCAUCACAACUUCCGGGGUGGAGGCAUUUUUCCCUUUGAUAUCGUCCGUCCGGGCACGGCGAAGUACUCGUACACGAGAUUGCUCCCGCCGCUGUUCUAUCAAGUGUAAAUAUGUCCGGGUCUGGAAAAUUGUGAUGCUGAGUUGUGAUUAGCUAAUGCUCUGUAAUGCACAGCAAAGCAUGAGAAAUACUUGCGCAGCUUAGUGUUGCACUUUCCGCAUGAGAAACCGCGAAUUUUGCAUGACAACCAAUGGGUCUCUUCUUGGAUACGCAUCACAAACUCUUCAGUCAUGCCAGACAAGCAUGACAAAACUUGUAUCCUUCCAGACCCAGACAUAUUUGCUGCAAUGCAUAUGUUCUACAUACCGUUCAUUCAGCUGUUUAUCAUGCCCCUGCCGUGGAACGGGUUUUUUUCCAACGAGUGCCUUGCGCGUUGCAUAUCCACGCCGGGCUGUGUCAGUUGGCAGUGGACCUGGAAGCCGCGGGUCGAAUUUCCCUACGCCCAGCUGGAUAAACAUCAGUCCCAAGAAAUCCUGCGCUUCGUGCCCAUUCGUAUGGGGCAGUGCCAGCUGAAAGGAUUUCAGUCCAAGGAGAUGCCAGCGGACGGAUCCCUCCCCCCGCCGGGCUACAAUUUCCAGGACUGGCGCCCUCCGAUGGGAAACCCCGAUCCCAACUCGAUCGGAAUGUGGCAGGUAUCGAACAGAGAUAUGUGUCUGGGAGGGCUGGAAGACUGCGAGUUUUGUCAUGCGCUGCCAGCAUGAUUUUGAAAACUGUCAUGCGCAUCACUCAAGAUAAGUCCAGUUUUUUUUUGUCAUGCAAAAACUAAGUUUGAUACGCAGAACAGACAACAAGUAGUAACUCAAAAGCUUGUCAUGCGUGGCCGCCACAAAUUGCGGGGUCCUCGUGAUACGCCAGCUAGCAUGACAAGUUUCUAGACAUCCCAGACGCAUUUCCACUGCAUAGCGCGGCAAGUCGAACGAAAUGUGCGGGGAUGAUACGCCGACCCAGUGCGAAAUGGACCCGUCUCUUCAAGGCUGCCAGAAGCAGAAAAGCAACAUGUCCAUUGCGGGAGCGUAUGUGGCCGGGCUCGCGCUGCUGCCGUUCCUGCUUCUGAUGAAGGGAGUUGGAGGGGCGAAGGAACUGAUAAACUACACGUAUUUCUUGUAGAUGUGCUGUGCUGGUUGUUUCAACUUGUCAUGCAGCGGGAGGAGUGCAAAAAGACUGUCUCAUGCGAGAACAGCAUUACAGAUCAACAUGCUACUUGUAAUACACAAAAAACAUCAGCGCCGGCGUGAAGUCCGAGUUGGGUACCGAGGUCAAAGGCACGUACCAGGGCAGUAACGAAUUUUGCAAGUGGUGGGCGGGUCACAGCAAGUGGUACCGGCACGGGUUGGUAUGACAGUCCACAACUCCCCCACGCCCUCAUUUGUCAUGUAGAACCCCAAAUCCAGCCGCUGCCCGGUGGCACUGUUUGCAUGACAAAUUCCGGGAGCCCAAACAGUACUACAUCAGAUACAUAAAUUUGUCAUGCAUAGGCUCCACGUGUGCUGGUGUUUGUGUUGCUGUCCACGCCAUACAAAUGAGGGAGAGGGGGGGUGUGUACUCGCAUAACUGGAUCGGCAGAUCUACAAAAUCGACGAAGCUACGGGGAAUUACAUCCCCACCUACGAACCCCUUCCCUACGACAACAUGCUCUCCGCGCAGGAUAACGUGAAAGCCCAGCAAAACUACUGCGAAAACGUGUUGCACGGCUGUUUUGACGCGAAUUACCUGCAGCACACCACAUUGAAUCCCACCUGGUCCUCGGUUCGGGACGUGUAUCCUGUGCAAAAGUAUCGUACUCGUACUAAUUGCAUUUAUGCAUUUACAAAUCUAGUUCCCAAGGCAAAUCCGCAUUACAAAUUCAAUUUGUAAUGCUGAGCCAGUUUGUGUUGCAAUUUUUACUAGAACUAGUCCGUUACUUUUGCAAUUCAUAACGUGCACCGGGCGGCGAAUUUUCGCAUUGAGGCGACAAACAGUAAGGACCCGGGGUUUCAGAAGGCAGGCCUAUCGCAAGAAAAAAGUGUUACAGUUACACAUAGUCUCUGCAGGCCAAGCAAGACAGACAAGCUCUGUCAUGCCGGAUAUGCAUAGGAGCCUCGCUUCAUAGGUGUUUUCCCCUAGGAUUUCUGCAUUACAAGUUUUCUCUCUCAUGCAGAGGAAUUUGUGUUGCUGAAUUGACUACAAAUGUGUAACUGUAACACUUUUUUCGUGGGACAAGGCCUGGGGCAGGACGACUACAAUCCGGAGAAUGUCGGGAAACAGGCGGAAGAAGCGAAAUCCAUUUUGAAAUCGUUUUUGGAUUCUUUCUAAGCAUUGCAAAAGUAUGGUCGUACGACGUAUAAAUCGCAUGACAAAUUUCCGCAGCAUGAAAAAUGUAAUUUGUCAUGCUGAUUUACCCUGGGAAUCAGGUUUGUCAUGCAUAUCUGCGAUUAGUACGCGUGCGAUGCUUUUGCAUUUGAUUCUUUCAAGGGGAUGUUCGGGUUCAGCAGUGAGACCAGUGAGGGAGAUACCCUUUGGAAACACGUCCCACCCCGGAAUUGUCAUGCGGAUGUGCAAUAACAGGCAAACUUGUCAUGCGCAUCCGCAUGAGAGGCAUUCUCAAACGCGUUUUUGCAUUUGUAAUGCUAGAAACAGCAUAAGGACAUGGCCUUGUGAUGCGGCUGUCCUUGCGCUUGCUAACCCUCACUCCAAUCGAUACAGCGAGGAACUUCGCAUGCGUGAUUCCCAAACCGUCGGGCUUUGUGUUGCAGAGAAGAUCCCAAUCAUUGACUCUAGGGUGGGGACGUUUUUCCACAGGAUAGGGCACGUGUCUUCGAAAACGAGUAAAUUCGGCGUGCAGCUGAACCAAACCGGAGUGCACCAAAGCCCUCUGUGCCUGGCGAUGCCGGUGGCGCAGAAGAACAUUCUCAAAACGCCGAUGGAGAAAGCCAUGCAUUUUGGCAAACCGAUCGCGUCGCUGAAAAACUUUCACCCAGCUACGCCAGAGGUGCGGAAGGUUGACGGAAAAGUGACGACGCUGGCCAAGAUGAUCGAAAAGAGAAAGGCGGAGGGAUAUUACAAUGAAAAAUGCCCCCUCCCCAUAUCAAAGUGGAAAUCUGUGAUGCAGAUUUGUGGCCACAAAUCAGCUUCGUGAUGCUAGAAGGGAAAAGAUGCGGACUGUAGUGCUGGCUGGCGCAGGAACACCUUGCGUCUUCAGAAUGACAGGAAGCACCUGGAAACGGGAAACAGGAUGACAAAUUGACUCCAAAUGAGGGCACAACUGCGUCCCUUGGCCUUCUAGCAAUACAAGUCGAUUUGUGUACUCAAAUAAAGCAACACAAAUUUCGUUUUCGAUAUGGGGAGGGGGGGGCUUUCCUUUUGAUAAGGGAAUGCAAUACCAGAAGUGGCUCACGGGGGACGCGUCAAAAAUCACGAAGGGGCAGGCGAUAUGGGAGUGUCAGAAUCGAAAUUGACAAAGUCGAAAAUUUUGUGAUGCAUGGAGUCGAUACCAGUUGGGGCCUCAGUUUCCAAGUGGCGCACGACAAAUUUCGGGAGCACCCAGCUCCAGUCUGUCAUGCUGUUUGGACAAAGAAGACUGCUCCUGUCAUGCUACUCUGGCAGCACAUUGCGUACCCCUAAACAGUCUUGCAAUCGGUCUCAUUUGCCUGCUCCCCAAUACAGGCCUUCAGUGCCCUGCAUUUUAUGCAUCGCAAGUUUUUCGAUUUUGUCGAUUUCGAUCCUGACACAUCCAUAGGCGAAAGGGGUGGUGGGGAAACAGGUGAGGUAUGUAGAGCAAAAGUACUACACUGUACCGAAGUUGCAAUACUGCAUGACAGAUGUCGUUCGUUGUGCCUGAACCUGCAUGACAAAUAUCGCCAACAUCUGAGCAUCAAACCUGUCGUGCGGUUUGUGCUCUAAGAGCAACCUACGUACAGUAGAACUUUUGUCGUGCAUAUUCCCGAAAUGAAAUCCAUCUACGGCUACAACGUUGGUUGGAAAGUGCCGUAUGGCCUGCUCAGAUGGAAUUACACUGUCAAAUGAUGCAAUCUGUGAUGCAAAAUGCGGAUCACCUGUCCUGCGGUCAGAGAGUGUAGCAUGACAAAUCAUGGACACUCCUCGAACUUGCACAAGAGUUAUGGAAUUCGCAUAAAAUUUUCCAUGCAAAGAUAGACCAACCUAGUAAAAGUAGACACUGCUUCUGCCGUUUAUGCAAGACAAAGACCUACUUAUGCCUAAUACAUGUUUCCACGGCCGAGAUUUUUGUUCCGUCUGCGCAAUCCAUAUACUACCGAAAAGCUUUCUGGAAGAUGCCAACGCCGGGCGGGCGCACCAACGAAAAUCGAUGAAAGAAAAGCUGAUCAAUGAGAAGAAUAAUCCAGUGUUGCGGGCUAUCCAAGAAAAAAACGUUGUUAGUGUAAAUUUCUGAUGCGCAACAUGCAAGAUGAUUGCGUCUGUCAUGCUUGGCAUGCAUCGCAGGGUCCAUUAAAGGGCGUUUUCAAGUACUAUCUGUGCAUGACAGGCUUUUGCUGUCAUGCCAGACAAAUUUGUAAUGCUGUUCCUCCAAAAAAGUUACACCUACAAUG